GAUACACCAGAGUAAACAACAACCAAAAGCAAUAAAUUCAGUAUUCAACUAAAUAUCGCCAAGUCAUCACAUAAAUUGAGUUUAUACGCCAUGUUCCGUCCUUCCAUGACCUCGUUGCGUGCUGGCCGUGUCAUCGCCCCAUCUCCAGCUCCCGCAAUGCCGCGCAUGUUCGCAACAUCAUCCCUUCUCCGGACGGACAUUAGCAGCAGCGCAUUGCCUAAACAGAAGCCUGUUGGCGCUUUUCGAGGGGGUAUCUUUGGCUUCUUGCUGGGCUCCGUCGCGGCCGGCGUGUCUGUGUAUUACUACGUCUUGAAGGAGUACAGAGUGUCUAAUGAACUUUUGACGGAUGAUAUCUAUGUACGCGGUUGCAGAAUCCCUAUCUUUUUCUACGCCUGGGUAUUGCUUAAUACUAACAGUUGUCUAGGCCCUUCAAAGCGCUUCACAAAAACUACACAAAUACGUGACUGAGCUGGAGACUAAGGUAGACCAGCUACAGAAAAAGAAAUAAUUUGUUAUAUAUCUAUCUACUUGGACAAAGCUCUUCUCCCUUUUCUCUGUGUUGGUUUUGCAUUCAGGGCGCUGGCGAAUAUAGCGAUUUUAUAUCUUUCUUCUUUCUCCUUUCUCCUUUCUCCUUUGAUGAGUUUGCAAGUCACUUGAUUGAGUCGGUUUAUGGUAAUCUGAGGCUUUAUGGUUAUUUAUGUACGGAGACUGAAAGUGUCCAUCUUGAUCAUUGUAUUUCUUGCAGUAUAUUAACUUGGAAUUGCCAAGAUUACCUUGGACGAUAUGGAGUAGUCUCGUAUGAAUAUGAAUGUGGAUUAUUUACUCAUCAAUAAAAUCGGAGGGAAGACG